GACAAAAUGCAAUGUGUCAGGCCAAUUCAGAUCAUUUCACUGAAGCCCAUCUCAAUUGCAGUAUCUGCUACUAGUCUGCUGACAAAAGCUUUGCCAUGGGCUGGGAUAUGAAUAACUCAGCUGAUUACUGGAUGGAGGAUGAGGAGGAUGAUCUCAACUCUGUUAUAGAUUACAAUACAUAUGAGCUUCUCUGUGAAAAAAGUGAUGUGAGGAAUUUCAGUAAAUUGUUCCUUCCUGUGUUCUAUGCAUUGGCUUUCACCAUUGGAGUCGCUGGAAACUCAUUAGUGGUCGCAAUUUAUGCCUAUUGCAAGAAACCGAAGACAAAGACGGAUGUGUACAUCAUGCACCUAGCCAUUGCUGAUUUGCUCUUGCUCUUCACACUCCCUUUUUGGGCUGCAAGUGCAGUGCAGGGAUGGGAACUUGGAAACUCAAUGUGCAAGCUCACUUCUUCUCUGUACACCAUGAAUUUCAGCUCUAGCAUGCUGUUCCUGGCCUGUAUCAGCGUGGAUAGAUACAGGGCCACUUCUGAAUCCCAGGGUCGUAGAAGAAUUGGCAAACACUGCAGUGUUACCUGCAUCUGUGUCUGGCUGUCUGCCAUUUUCCUCAGUAUCCCUGAAAUGAUAUUUAAUCAAGUCAAGAAACACAAUGACAGGAAUGAAUGCCUUCCUGUAUUUCCAAUGAACAUGGAAACACUCUUAAAAGCAACCAUUCAAAUCCUGGAAAUUAUCCUAGAAUUUCUGCUUCCUUUCCUAGUAAUGCUGAUCUGCUAUUCAGCUACUGCUCGAGCAAUCUUUAGAGCUGCAAAUGCUAAAAAAUCUAGACCUUUCAUCGUUCUGCUGGCAGUAGUGGUUACUUUCAUUAUUACCCAGCUACCUUACAACAUUGUUAAAUUCUGGCGAGCCAUAGAUGUAAUCUACAUGUUGAUUACUGACUGUGAUGCAAGUAAAACCAUAGACGUCGCACUCCAGGUCACCAAGAGCAUAGCUUUGUUUCACACCUGUCUGAACCCUCUUCUCUAUGCUUUUCUGGGUGCCUCUUUUAAAAUGCAUAUUAUGAAAAUCGCAAAAAAUUAUGGAUACUGGAGAAGACAACAACAGAACAGAAGACCUGAAGAAAUUUCUGUGAAUUAUGAAGACCAUACUGAAGAAACAAUUAGUUUCACUAUAUAGACUCUCCAUUAUUUUCAUUAUCUUAUAUAACCAAGGGAACUAUUUACUACUUCUGGGGGUAUUGUUUCAGCAGCUGAUUGUCUGCAAGUCAACUUUAAUAUUAAUUUCCGAACCUGCAGGCUAGCCAAGACACUACAGUGCAGUUCAAAGUGGAACAUACUGAUCAAAAUUAAGCAUCAGGCAAGAACUAAACACUGAAAUUCCUAGAAACAGCUAGAGAUAUGUACUAAAAAAAACCCAAAACAACAACCUAAACCCAAAAAACCCACAACAAAACCCACUCCCCCCUCAAGAUUUUAAAUUAAAGGGUCACAGUACUAGGCACCUAAAUAGCUGUGUAACGAACAAUCUGUACAUAUGUAAACAUACAAUUAAAACCAAAAAAGAAAACCAAUUAAAACAGAAAAAUAAACCAUCAGCAAUAAACCAGCAGUACCAGAACUUUUGUAUCAAAAGUUAAUAAUCUUGUUUCUCCAACUAUUUUGCAAAACUUUAGAACAUUUGCCUAAUAAGUCAGUUCUAUUUUUUUCCUCAGCUAUCAUUCCAUAGAUACACUUGCAGCUUGAAAUGACGUAUCAGUUCAUGGCUGAGAAUUAGGGAGAGGCAGGGGAAGCCAUUCUCUAUGGGUUUCCACAGAUGUAUAGCAACAAAAACAUCCCCACGCAACACAGUAACUCCUCUGUAAAUACCAAAAAUGACCUUUCACCUCUCCUGCUCACCCUAAACUUCAGCACGCCCGGUACCCUAUGGGAGGCCCAUUCUAGAUGCCUGUAAAUGUCAUGUCAAAUGUAAAUGCCAAAGUAGUGCAGUCAGAGCAUUAGCAGAAAUGUAAGAAAGUUAAGUUAAUCUUCAGAUACAGGGUCUGGAAUUUCUAGUCAGAAUUUGUAAAAUGAAUCAAACACUGCAAUAACUGUAGCUGCUAAAAUAU